AUGCCCGCCUGGAAAUCCUUGUUGAGCGCGCUGGCUCUGGCCGGCUCCGCAGUCUCAUGCGCCCACCAUGGCGACACAGAAGUUGUCCCCGAGCAUGAGCGCGAAGAACUGCUGAAGAAGUGGGAUCAAGAAUGGUCCUUCUCCGGCAUUGCCAGCUUUGCGCAUCUCCCCCCAGUAAAGUGUCUUAUCCAACCAGACGAGCACUACGACAUUGCCGUGAUCGGCGCCCCAUUCGACACAGCCGUCAGCUACAGACCCGGUGCUCGAUUCGGUCCCCGCGCCAUUCGCGCCGCCAGCGCACGCCAAAUGUCCGGCACAAGCUACAACACCCGUGCAGGAAUUAACCCAUACAAGUCCUGGGCUAAGAUCACAGACUGCGGCGAUAUCCCAAUUACCCCAUUCGACAACGGACUGGCCGAGCGACAGAUGUACGAGGCAUUCCUUGAGCUAGGUUCCCGAAAGGUCGUCAACGCCUCGCCAAAGGGUGAGACAACCAUUGGCUCCGGACACCCUAAGCUCGUGACCCUUGGUGGUGAUCACAGUGUUGCGUUGCCAGCUCUUCGGGCCCUGCACAAGAUCUACCAGAAGCCCAUUACAGUUCUGCACUUUGAUGCGCAUCUUGAUACCUGGAACCCCGUUCGAUACAGCGCUUACUGGCAAUCUGAGCAGACGCAGUUCAACCACGGCAGUUUCUUCCACAAGGCUAGUCGCGAGGGACUUAUUUGUAACUCUACCUCUGCGCAUGCGGGUCUGCGUACCCGUUUGACUGGUGUUGAUGAUGGGGAUUAUACCAAUCCUGGACCUGAGCAGGGAUUUAUUCGUAUUCAUGCUGAUGAUAUUGAUGAGCUUGGCCCUAUGGGUGUUGUUGAGACUAUUAUGCAGCGUACUGGUCUUGAUCCCGAGCAGCCUGUUUACCUCUCUGUUGAUAUUGAUGUUUUGGAUCCCUCUACUGCGCCUGGUACUGGUACCCCCGAGCCUGGUGGCUGGACUACCCGCGAGUUCAUCCGUAUUCUGCGUGGAUUGGAGAAGCUGAACUUGGUUGGUGCUGAUAUUGUUGAGGUUUCUCCUGCUUAUGAUAACACUGGUGAGACUACUGCUCUUGCUGCGGCACAGGUUGCCUUUGAGAUCAUUACUAGCAUGGUUAAGUCUGGUGUCUCGGAAGAUCUGGGUGGUUGGUACGGCCGCAAGGACGAUAUUGAUGUUGAGGGUGUGGAGAGCAAGUCUGAGGAGGGCAAGGAUGAGCUGUGA